ACCGUUUUUGUAAAAUUUCCUAUGAAAAUACAUCUAUUUACUAACAAGUUAUGAAUUUUUUCCUAUGACAUUAAAAUGUCAUUAAGGCCUAUAAAUUAACAGUGGCCGACGAAACGGUGGACGAUCGCGACACGAUCGCCUUUUAUUUUUUCGGCGUGUGUGCUGCUGCUGCGCACAGAAAAACGUUUUUAUGUAUUAAACAAACGGAUUUGGUGACGGGUUUUCGUCGAUUUUCGACGACUUUAUCGGAAUUGAUUUGAUUUGCUGACACUCGAAAAGGAUUAUUCGGAUUUUGCUCUGUCAAGUACCUGCAACUAUGGAUUUAAAACCAAAGAAAACCCAACCAUUAAGAGUGAACAGUGUCCUUAUAAGUGUGUGACGUCGGAUUUUUCCAAAAAAUGUCAAAAACUAAGUAAUAAAAUGUAUCUUAACUAUAUAAAUAAGUAUGAUAAUUCGCACCGGAAGUGAUACUCAUUUUUUGACGGUGAUAAUUUGUUGGUGAUAUUUUUUCGAAAAGAUGCCUGGAAUAGUGGUGUUUAGAAGACGCUGGAGCGUUGGAUCAGACGAUCUAGUUGUUCCUGGUGCCUUUUUGUUCACCGUACAUCUGAUAUGGACGAUAAUUUUGAGCUGCGCACUGGGCCUCAUCCACUUUGACAGAUCGAAGCAAUGCGUUCUUCUAAUUUGGUACCUAAUUUUGGGUUAUUUGGGUUUGUUGCUAUUGUCCAUGGCAUUCGAAAUGUGUAUCUGCAUUGUGGCAAUGAGGGGCAGCAUACUGGACAUCACCAAAAGAUCCAGUAUGCAGUACAUACUUUACCUCAGACUUACUGUGAUGUUUAUCGAAGCUGGCUGGUUAUCAGCCGGUGUAGCUUGGUUAGUAAACUAUUAUUUAGACUGUGAAAUUGAAAAAGCCAAAGAAACUGUGUUGGGUAUGGUGGUGUUCAAUUGGUGCAUCCUUUUAUCCGUUUUGGUGACUGUUUGGUGCACGUACGACACCGCCGGCAGAUCUUGGGUGAAAAUGAAAAAAUACCAAAGAAGUAUGCGUGAAUCGGAGGGAAAAUAUCAUUAUAAAAGAUCUGGAAGUACGAGAAAUUGGAGGCAAAGAAAAGUACUUAGAGCCUAUCAAGACAGCUGGCACAACAGAUGCAGAUUUUUGUUUUGCUGCUCUUCGGGAGCAGAGAGAAACAGUAACUCCUUUACUGACAUCGCAAGACUUUUAGCUGACUAUUUUAGAGACCUAGACGUGGUACCUUCAGAUGUUGUAGUGGGCUUGGUGCUGUUAAGAAAGUUCCAGAUAAUCGAAAGAAAAGCCAUCGUGGAACAGAGGAAAAACGACACGUACGAGUACCUGUCGGGGGCCCCCAUCACCCCCCGGACGCAGUUCCUCUCGCUGCACGACGCCGGCGAGGACUUGAACGAGUUCCAGGCCAUCAUCCAUUACGCUUACUUCGCCGUCAGGGCUUACGGAUGGCCGAUCUACCUGAUGACCAACAAGCUGGGCGUCUGUCAAUUGUGCGCCGGGCUAAAUUGCUGCUGCCUGCCCUGCUCCAAAAACCGACCUUCCGACGUACCGGAAAUCGUCGACGAUAAUUGCUGUCAGUGCAAUUACGCAGCGCUGCAUAAGCUAACUGAUUUAGGUGAUAUUGAAAUUAUUUAUGCCACAUACCACGUGGACGUUGGACAAACACCAUUUUUCGUUGCACUCGAUUAUGAUAGAAAAAAAAUAGUUAUAAGUAUAAGAGGAACUCUAUCAAUGAAGGAUAUUUUGACAGAUCUUAACGCAGAAGGUGAAACGUUACCUUUAUCACCUCCGAAAGAAGACUGGCUGGGCCACAAAGGAAUGGUGCAAGCUGCAGCGUACAUCUUGGAAAAACUGGACGAAAAACAGCUGGUGGAAAAAGCGCAGAAUCACAAACCUGAAAGGGGCACCCCUGAGUUUGAAAUCGUUAUUGUAGGACACUCUCUUGGAGCAGGAACUGCAAGCAUAUUGGGCAUCCUGCUUCGACAGAGGCACCCCAGCCUGCUGUGCUACUGCUACAGUCCGCCGGGGGGACUCCUAUCGGCCCCCGCAGUGGAGUACACGAAGGAGUUUACGGUUUCCGUGGUGGUGGGAAAGGAUGUCGUCCCCCGAAUAGGCCUGCACCAAAUGGAAACCCUGCGAACAGACCUGAUAAACGCCAUCAAGAGGUCCGUGGACCCCAAAUGGAAGACCAUCGCUUGCAGCAUAGUGUGCUGCGGAUGCUCGCAGCCCACUUCAGCGGUGGAGAUGUCCACCGGCGAGAGGGAAGUCUGCGAGUACAUGAGAAGCAAGGAGCACGCUAGAUGCGUAGGCAUUCAUCCUUCAGACAGUUCGAUAGCGUUAACUAGCCAUCAGCCUUUAUAUCCUCCUGGAAGAAUAGUUCAUGUCGUCAGGCAACAUCCAACAACUGGACAGCAAGCCCUGAGCAAAAACGAGCCCGUCUACCAAGCCUUAUGGGCUGCAAACACCGACUUUGACGAGGUGCUAAUCUCACCUGUAAUGAUCCAGGACCAUAUGCCAGACAGAGUCCUAGACGCCCUAAACAAGGUUGUAAGCACAACCGGUCCGAAAAAACCUCAGAGAUCAUCAUCAACCUCCGAAACCACAAGCCAAUUUUGGACUGCCAACACAUCAAACCCCAACUUAGUCCUGGAAACAUCCUUCACUUCCCUUCAAAGCCCAGGAAGCAACACCUCAUCCGUAACCAACGGAUUUCACAGCACCAAAUCCCACCCAUCCAGCAUAACCUCAAAAGACGCGAAAAACAAACUGCAGAGUCCCGUGAGCGCGAAAUACACCCCAUCAUUUGAAACGAAACAAGAUAUGCGCUCGGCGACGUCUUGGAACUUCAACAACAACAACCAGAUAUCCUCCAUACUGCCCAUACACGGGUCGCAUAGACCUCUGACGAAGAGUUUCAGCCUGAGUUUAAAGAGGACCACCAGUCCAGAAAUGAAAGUCGACUUGAUUCACGACGACUGGUUCGGGCUUGCCCCAUUAGCAAGUCCAGAAAGUUUAAGCGAAUUGAGUUCGAUUAGUUCGCGAACUAGCUUGAUCGCGACUAGCGUGGUUGUGGAAAUAAAUACACCCAAGUUGAUGAGGCGAACCCCACAUAUAAUAGGUAGCUUAAGCACAUGUGCAGAUGACAUCAGGAACGUGAGGAACUUCCAAAAAGCCAAAAUAUUUCCAAGACUCUUCAUUAAUAACAACAAUGCCGAGAGUUCUUCCAGCAGCAACCUCAGCUACGAAUCAGCUUCAAGUAGUAACCGUUGUUGUUCAAAUACAGAGAGUUUCUGCAAAACGACCGACUCAAACUACUGCGAGCAAGAAUGCAAUAGUGACAGCGAAUUUCAAUCAGCCGAAGACAUUUUGGACAACGUGUUAGCCAGUGCUGGUUGUAAGGAUUUUUUCAACUCAGAAUCGAAUUUCCUGGAGACCCAUUUUGAUUUGUUACAAGAACAGCCUUGUGAAAGUCCCCUGGUUUCAAAUUUUCAAAAUUCUCCUGUAUAUUACCCUCCAAUUUUAUCUCCGACUUCGCCUCACGAUGAUCCCGAUAUUUUAUCAAACUUGGCGAUAGAUUUGUGUUUGGAUGAAGAGCACCGUUCGAACUUCUACCAACACAGCAAGGCCAGCAGUAGCAUUGACUCGGGAAGUGUAUGUCGAACACCUUCUGACAUCACCAAAAAUGUUACCUUCAACCCACAGGUGGUGACUGUCUCCACCAUCAGCUGCGACUCCAUCCCUCCAUCGCCAAUAAAGUGGAAGAAACUCUUCAGAGGCCGAAACCACCAGAAAAACAAACCGGAACCCCCCAAGCUCCCCCCGCUCCCCACCCCCUCACCGAGUGCCCCCAUCGUAUCCAUCCUGUCGUCGAAAAACAAACACCUCAACGAAGAAUCGGAAAAAAUCGAAUCCAAACCCAACGCGACCAAGGACGAGGACGCGUUCUACUCAAAGCACAGUUCGGACUCGAGCAGUGAACCUAGUUUUAAAACAAGUGACGAUCUGAUGACGAAACAGCCGUUCGACUGUUUCUCGAGGACAGAGCAGCUGCCGUUGCUAAGCAGCCUGGGCUCUAGCAACGGCGGCGACCGAAGAACGCCCUCCCCGCGGUUGCUAAGGCGCAAAAAGUACGUUUACCCGGCCGAUGUGGUCGUCAUGGCGACGCAUCCCAACGAGAGUUCCGUGUAGAUAGAUGAUGAUAGUGUUUAUCGCGUUUAGUAGAGAUGUUAUUUUUCUAACAUUAAGGGUGUUCGAAUUUGAGGUUGCUCUUUUAAAUUGGAAAAACCGCACUAAUAAUUUUAUUUGCAAGAUAUUUUUGUACCAAAGAUUUUUUCAAUAUACUGAAAAUAUCAAAAACAAGAUGAAAACAUGUGUUAUUUUGAUGUCUGUUCAUUAUAUCCAUAUGUAAAUAAAUACGAAAUAAUGAGGAGGAACUAUAGAAUAAAAACAUCUCAGGAUCUAAAUAAUUACUGCGUUUUAGCUCAACUUUAAAAAGAUCCCUCACAUAUGAACUCCUUUUAAUAAUA